AUGGAGUAUCACCACACCUCAGAGAUGAACGGUGUAGUUGCAGAUUACCAUAGCAUGUGCAACGAGUCUGAACGCAAUGGUUUGUGCAGAGAAGAGAAGCACUCCGAGGACGCUGCAGAUUCAAACAACCUGUGUCACAUUGAGAAAGCUUACAGCACCAUACUGAGUGAGCUUGGAGAGGACGUGGACCGGGAGGGACUUUUACGUACACCACUACGAGCAGCCAAAGCCAUGCAGUUCCUCACCAAAGGCUACAAAGAAACGACCCAAGAUAUCUUAAACGAUGCAAUCUUUGAUGAAGACCAUGAAGAGAUGGUGAUUGUUAAGGACAUCGAGCUGUUCUCUCUCUGUGAACAUCACCUGGUGCCUUUCUAUGGCAAGGCUCAUAUAGCAUACCUCCCAAAUAAGAAAGUGGUUGGCCUCAGCAAACUUGCAAGAAUUGUUGAGAUCUACAGCAGGAGGCUUCAAGUUCAGGAGCGUCUAACCAAACAGAUCGCUUCAGCCAUCUCUGAGGCGCUGGAGCCUGCUGGAGUGGCAGUGGUGAUUGAGGCUGCUCACAUGUGCAUGGUGAUGAGAGGUGUGCAGAAGAUGAACGCCAGUACUGUUACCAGUGUCAUGCUGGGAAGGUUUUAUGAUGAUCCCAAGGCCAGGAAGGAGUUUCUUACUCUGACACUGAAGAAGUGA